AAACCGGUCGCCUGGACCAGCAAGAAAGCGGCGCGCGCCCUUCCGGGUGGUUGUGGGUUCGAAACCCAUGGAUGUUUGUGCCUUCGACUAUGGAGAGAAAGGAAUUUCAACCAAAUGUCACGCUAUUCUCGCUUCAGGCCAGCAGAAGAUUAUUUUAACACAUUUUGCAUCAAUUGAGCAUCUUCAGAAGCUGCAUCGUUCCAUGAAAUGUAUCCUUCUUCCAUGGAAUGACAAAAUUAUAGAAAGUCACAAGUUAGCCAAUGUUUGUGAAAUGAAUGCAAAUUAUUUCUACAUGUUUCUCAUCUGCUAUGCCUCCCAAUAUGAUUUGGCAGAAAUUUGUCAAAAUGAUUUGUUAUAUGACUGCUCCAAGUACACUUGA